UCAACCCCACGCGCACACGCUCGUUUCGUUGGCUGCCUUAUCAAGGGUUUGUCGAAAUCAAGCGCCUGAGACACUCGCUGUCUGCUACAAUUGAACCAUACAUUCCUUGGCGGUUUCCACUCCGCUUGCUGUUGCGCUCCACAACGGCCGCUAUAGUGCAGAUAGAUCGCUACGAAACAAAUUCCAGGGUAGUCAGGCGCUAAGGACGACGGGGAGUAUUAAAAAUGGCGUCCCCCCAACAGCCCGCGCCCCCGAGACACAGUCGGGGGUUCAGUUUUGGUGGCAGGUCAGACAAGUCCAGCAAUUCUGGCAGCAAUAAAAUUCGUCUCACCGAAUCUGCUGAGGAGAAACAUAAACGUACUUUACAUACCAAAGCCGACCCUAUGGUUGCUAUGAGCGAGGCGCAGCCAACUGACCCCGAUCUCUCCAAUCCCACCCGUCCUCGACUUGAACGUCCGCUGGAUACAAUUCGUUCUUUUGAGGCCGCCAUCUAUGGAUCGUACAACAGCAGACCGGUAUCAUAUGCUAGAACAGACCAUGAAUCCACACCUGGAGCAGAAUAUAGUAGACGCAGCAGUUACUACGGUGGACACAACGGCCACCACAGAGGCUACAACGACCAAAAUGGCUACUACAAUGGACGUGGAACAUAUUCCCGACCGGAGAGUUACAUGGAAAGCAACUAUGGCGGCGGGCCGCCCCCUGAGAAUCAUUACCCAUACAAUCAAGGCGGCGGAAGGCGACCACGUCGGCACCGCAUGGAGCCCGAGUACCAUGGCGCACAAAAUGGAUAUGGGUCUAAUGGCUACCACAAAUCGUACGAAAACGUGACGGCAGCGUCUGGUUCGGGGAGCAAUACCGAUCCUUGGGCCAACAAUUCAACCGAUCCAAGCUCUGUGAACAGCUCAAUCGAUCAGCUGCAACUUCAACAACAACAACAACAACAACAGCUGCUCCAGCAACAGCAGCAGGAGAGAGCAGUCGCAGAAAGGUAUGGGUUCGCGGGAUUCGGCCCUGAACCGAACCUCAGUAAUGGCGGUGCGUUAGCCUCUGGCGCAGCUGGAACUGGACCAAUUAAGCUUGGGAAUUCCGCUCCAGUCGCCGAUCCCACCGCUGGAGGCCCCGUGGGUGGACCAGCCUCAGCCGCGGGUGCGCCCACCACCCGUCGCCAUCUACGCAAAGCCACGAACGCCUCCGAUGCGAGCGAUACGAAGCGAAAAAGUUGGUUUAAGCGAAGGUUCAGCAAGGACUAGUCCAUUCAUUUCCUCCACUUUUGCCCUCCCCCUUUAACCGACCCAAUAUUUGUCGUUCAAUGCGUGUUUUCUCACCUCACAUAACGGAUGUAAUAACUCAUUUGGCGUUUUAUUCUCGACUCACAGCAAUGGGAUCUAUGGAAUGGGACAGUACAGGAACUUGUGAGCAUUUUUUUUCUUUCUGUUUUUAAUUAGCUUCUAGCUUGUUAUUAUGCGUCUUUUUUUGCUGUUUUAUUGUUUUUAUGUAUCUUCAAGCACGCAGUUGAUUGACGUUACGAGAUUACGAUACAAUGGUGGAUUUAAAAUUAGUUUCAUGGGAUAGUACUUGGCAAAGGGAUCAUUCAUUCGAUGUUCAGUGAUAUGGGCGAAUU